AUGGCUUCAGACCUGCUCAGGCCUCUCGCGGUGUUUUGCAGCCACGCAGACAGUCAACGCUAUAUCAAAAACAUCAGGAAUCUCGGCGAUGCGUGGCGAAGCCUUGCAGAACAGCCUAUUCCUGAGUGUGACAAACACUCGAUCGUUGCUGAAACCACCUUUGAUUUCACCUUGAAAUUAAUAGACAGUCCGAAAGAACAAUCUCAGUCUAGCCAAGCGGCUAUUGAGAUGCUAACCACUGAGUCUAAUCUGUCUACUUCAUCCGCCCACUAUUCCAGGCCAACCGGUCGCCCUCGACACUAUCGUAUCUUUGCUGACUAUGGCACGGAUUUCAUUUAG